AUGGCGGCGUACGAGAAGCGGCGAGGGGCCGCCGCCCUGGUGCCGGUGGGGGGCAGCGGGCUGCCGGAGCCGGGGCGGGCAGCGCCGGUGGGGGGCGGGCUGGCGGAGGGCAGCGCGGCAGAGUUCCUGCUGCGCGCCGGCGUCACGGCCAUGGUGCGGGAGGCGCUGCUCAAGGUGCUGGAGGCGCGGCCCGCCGAGCCCGUGUCCUUCCUGGCCGAGUACUUCGAGCGUCUGGUGCUGGCGGAGACGGCGGCGGAGCCCCCGGGGCCGCCGCAGCGCCUGGCCCGGGCGCUGUGGUACGUGUGCCUGGCUCAUCACUCACACAGGACGGCCUUCGACAGCAACGCCGGCGCGGCCUACGAGGUUCUGGGGUGCGGCGGGAGGCGGCGGGCGGCGGGCGUGGACGGGCGGCUCUACAGCGAGUUGCUGCGGCGCAUCUGCCAGCGCGGAGCGGCCCCGGCCGAGGCGGCGACCGAGCUGCUGCGCCGCGUCCGCUGCCGCGACCACGAGGCCGUCCCGUUCGACGUGUUCCGUUACGGCGUCCUCACCUGCUGCGUGCUGCUGGAGUUCGCGGCCAAGGCCGACGCGCUGUUCGCCGUACUGGGCGCUGGGGACUCGGCGGAUACCCGGCUGUGCCAGGCUGUGCUGCGGGCGCUGGAGGAUGCGCUGGGUGCCGGGCAUGGCUCACGGCCUGGCCGCUACCUGGAGGCUGGCUCCAGGUUGGGCCCUGACAGGCUGGCACUGGCCAUGGACCAAGCGCUGCAGGAGAGGAAGCUCAGCUCCUCCAUGAGCAGGGAGGAGUUCCUGAGGAAAGCCACCGCCUUGUUCAUAGCAAAGGUGUUAUCCAGGAUUGACAUGGAGGCUUUGACCUACGGAGCUGCUUUGGGCAGUGAAAUGACCCAGGAGGAACAAUGUGUGGGGCUGGGCUGUGGCUGCAUAGGGGCAGCUGGGGAGUGCUAAGGUGGUUUGGGAUGUGGAGUGCAGGCUCUGGAUGAGACACAUCCCCUUUUCCCGGGACCAGCUGUGUGUCAGGCUGGGGUUAUUUAUUUAAACUUGUCUGAUCAUUAUUUAUACUGUUCAAUUCCUGGUUUGCUGUAAGACAUUAAAGCUUUUUUAUUAUU